AUGAAAUUCUCUCCCUCAUCUACCAGUCUCAGUGACAGCAAUACCGGUCGGUCAGCACGAUCAAAAACAUUCGUAUCACGGUAUCACGACACAGAUAUCACGCACGCAUUGACCCAACCAACCCAAAUAGUUCUUUUUAUCCGCGUCCAUGCAAAGCCCACAGAUGGCAUGGAGAUUGCCACCACCGAUUCACCUAUGUACAUAUUUAUCGAACCUUAUUGCCUUAAUACUUUGUCGCGGCAGUUUCCAAGAGAGAGUGGCAGCUCGGCAUUUCAACAAGACGCGAAAUGCAUCAAGGAUGAAAUCAUGUAG